AAAACAGCAAGCUCUUUUACUUUGUCAUUGUAAAACGCAGAGAGCUUCGCAGGGUCCCGUUCAUCCUAUCAAAGUGCAUCCUCACAGUCUUUGUCCUUCGAAGAAAGUACUGACGGAAGUUAUAUGAACUGAAUGCUCUCGAUGUCCGGAGCGUUGAAGAAUAGAGAUGAAGCAACGCUUCCUUUGUCGGUGCGGUCACCAUGUCAGCCUAUUGAAUUCGCCUGGGUAGAUGGAACGUAAGAAUUUCGUCGUAACUUCUCCUAAGAGCGAAUCAAUGCAGAAAAGGCGUAAAGUGGAAAUCCAAGCGUUGUGGAUGAGUGGAGGGAUGAGAAAGCACUCGGCAGGUGCAUACGUAAUCUGAUAAGAUAAGGCAUAGUUUCGGCAAUCUCCCUUAUGAUCUUUCUUUGUCGAGCAGCUAGGCUCAGACUUCAGUGCAAUCUGGAUUGGACCCUACUUCACUGAGCCUUUGCUGGCAUUUCAUGUUAGGGAAACAUUCUACUCUGUUUUCCCCGCGAAUGGAUUUAGUAUUGAAUGCCGAUAUGAUCGAUAGUUUCUGCACGGAGGGAUUGCACUGCGACCGAGUGGCUCCAGGACAGACCGACGCGACAAUCUUACAAGAUCACGUUGCACAAAGCGUACCGUUCUACACUAGCCACAUCUUUCCUAGCGGUGCGACCUUCGUAUGCCACACAUUAUGCAUGCAUACAGCUUAGUGGCUCUCCAAGGUUUGUUAUGCCACCGAUUCAUAUAAUACAGAGCAUGGCCUCUCCCUGCCACUACGUAUUAACUUAGCAGUUGCGAUCCCCCAUACCUGGAUCGAUUUUGAGCCACUCGUUGCCUUUAGUAAAAAGCCACAGAGCGAAGCCAUAACGAUGUCAUGCUCAGCCCUCAAUCUCCGUUUCGCAGGUUGAUUUGGGAGUAGUCUAUUGCCGUAGUUGGCGUUCUCGAUUCACCCAGGGCCGUCAUACCUUCCUAGGGUCGCUCAUAGUAUUGAGCCUCCCAUUCGGUCUGUUCUGACAUUCCUUACAGCAUCGUCUCGCUACUCCCGUUGCGCCUCUCUGGUUCAUUGGUUAGCCGACUCAGUGUAGACGCGCUUCGCGACUAUAAUUUGGCCAUCUCCCGGUCCUUUGAUCUCUGCACCUCUUUUUGUUCACAUCUCUCUUUGUCUUCAACAUCCUCAUUGAUUCACCUCUGGUCUCAAACACCUCUAUUUACCAUGUUUUCGAAGCUUCGUCAUCCCCUCAGGAAACGUAAAUCAAAGUCAUCUAGAAAGUCAGAGAAUGAUGAGUUCCAGCCGACCGUACAGCGAAACUUGCGAGACUUGUCCAUCAGCGACCCACAACCUCACCCUCUCUCGGAAAUACCUGACUUUGAGAAAUCUCCUCGACCCUCACAACGCACGGGAUAUACCUCUGAAUCACAGAGUAGUAAUGAGUACUCAGAGCCGCCCACAGCGGUUACUUCUCCAGACCCCGACUGGGCAGAACUGAAGGAAGAUCCUCGCUUUACUUUGUCUCCUCGGGACCAUUCUUUUUCUCCGCAAGAUACUCGCCGGCCACUGGCCCGUACAAAUGACUUUUUUAGAGACGCAGGGGUUCAAACUGAGAAGUGGCAACUUAAUAAUCUCCUCGCAUCCAAAGAUUCAUCACAUUCAACCCUUCGUCUACAUAACUCGUCUCCGCGCACUCGCAGGCGCCGCGAUUCGGUGAAAACCACUUCUGCACGCUCUCUUUCGCCCAUUCCUUCCCAUGAUGAGAUUCCUUUCCCACGUCUCAAUGAGCUUUCUGAACUUUCCGAUACGAUGAGUGAAUUGGACAUCUCGGGCAACUCGAGCGGAUCAGCCCCAAAGCUCGCCGUUCUUCGAUGGCUUAAGGACCCGGCUAACGAGACUCGUCAACAGCUCUUCGCUGAAGUUCAAUCCAACAGCAGGAUAGACUUAGUCCCUGUUAUUUACCCACCGGCGGACAACCCGCCCUUCGAUCUUGACCAAGCGCACAUGAUUGAAGCUGACGAUGCCUACCAAGUCGCACGGACUAUCACUAAUACUGGUGCACGACACUUUGAGGUACCACCUGUAUCCACGUUCCCCAUCGGAGAGGACCUGGAAUUGUACAAGAAAGAAAUCAUGUUUCUCACCGAUAGGGAACUUGCAAUUACUGGUCCUCAUCCUGCUGAGCCUCUUGGUCUGGUCCCUCACGAUUUUCGCCGCACUCCAAUUGUCAAUAAUGCUCCGGGGACUUGGAAAGUUACUCAGCAGAACGAGCUACCAAUUUCGCCGGAUCGCGUGUGGAUGACUGGCUGCGUUCUUGGUAGCGGCACAUUUGGGCGUGUUUUACGGGUCUUGCAUGUUCCAGCUCGUAAAGACUUGGCAAUGAAAGUCGUCUAUGUGAAACGUCCUCUUCCAAAAAUUGCCUGUAUCGGUCUAGUCAACGAGAUCAAAGUGCUUACAGCCCUUGCGCAGAUUGGACAUGCUCGUGCGCCCUUCGUUAUGAUUCCAAGUCUGGAAUUAGACAAAUUUGCAUGGUGGGAUCCAACCGAAGGGUUCUUACACAUGUUAUAUCCAUUCUGUCCUGGAGGUGAACUCUGGGAGUAUAGAGGAUGUCUUUCCCCUGAUGAACUCCGAAUGGUUGCUGCUGAACUUGUACUUGCUCUGCGGUUUCUUCAUAUUCACGGUAUCGUGCACUCCGACCUAAAACCAGAAAAUAUCUUUGUCGACACAGAAGGUCACCUUGUUCUCAGUGAUUUCGGCGGUGCGAAGUUCCUCACCAAUGGUGUUUUGACGCGCAAAACGCACGAAGACGUCGUUUGCAGUCUGCCAUAUGCUGCACCUGAGUUAGUCUUCGAUGGUCCGGAAGAAGAGACGGUAUAUGACGAGAAGAUCGACUGGUGGUCCUUAGGUGUUGUAAUCACUGUCAUGACCACCGGUGAACUAUUAUUUUAUGGGAACACAGCAGAUGUACAACGCCAACAGAACGAUCUCUCAAAUCACUUACCCAAGGCUCUUCCACCCCACGAGACGGCGGAAGACCUGCGUGAUUUCGUGCAAAAGCUCUUGACUUUCGAGGCUAGUGAUCGUAUAACAGACGACUCAGUUCAAGAGCAUCCCUAUUUCGAUUCCUUCAGAGACUCUUGGGAUCUUAUUCUCGACCGAAGGAUGCCUGCUCCUAUACGCUAUGUGAGGCACGCUGGGGGCCAGGCUCGCGGUUAUGAUGUGCCUGUCAAAGAGAGUUGGGACGAAUCCGACGCCCAAUCCGGCUUGUUCUUCAUCUCGGUCCUUCGAGGGGAAGGUUUCCAGAUUCCGGAAAGCUCAGAAUACGAUGUCGGGAUGCAGCUCAGAAUGCUCACCUCUGCAUAAUAACUUUUGAUAUGUUGCGUCUUUCUCUGAAAGCAGCGUGAAAGUAAUAUAAGUCAAUCUUUUAAUAUGCGAAGUCACCUAAUCUAGUUCAUUAUGUGCUUGUAGUGAUCGUAUCAGCUGUAACUACAAUAAUUAUAGGUCAUCUGUAUGUAGUAUGUACUUGUGUUCCAUGCUGCAACAACAUUUGAAUUGCACUACGACUUUUCCUGGGGGCGU